UUAUCCUUAACAGCCUCAUUUUUCAUUAAGGCUUAUCUUCUUCUUGUUCUUCUAAGUUCUAAUCACUCCCCUCUUAUAAAUACACACACACACACAUACAUCACCCCAGGUUCUGGAUUCAAAUCAUUUUUCUAAGCUUUCGCGGUUUAGAAAAGUUUCUCCUUGUUCUCUCUUGCUAUAUGUUUUGAUCUUAUUUGUUCCUUGGGUCCUAAGUUUUCAGUUCAAUGGCGGGGGUUGCUGGUAAUCAGCCUUUGUACAUCUGCAGGAAUUGCAAAAAUCCUAUUGCACUUCGCAGUGACCUUCUUUCUAAAGCUUUUAUUGGAAAAUAUGGGCCAGCAUAUAUGUUUUCUCACGCAAUGAACAUCAUUGCUGGGCAAAAAGAGGACAGGAAGCUCAUAACUGGUGCAUACAGUGUUGCUGACAUCUAUUGCUGCAACUGUGGGGAGAUCCUAGGCUGGAAAUACUUACGUGCUUAUGAGAUGCAACAAAAGUCCAAGGAAGGGAAGUUCAUAAUCGAGACAGCGAAGAUCGCCAAGGAAUAUUAAUAAUCCUAAAUGUGAAGACAAUAUCCAUAACAGAUUCCAUUAGAAAAAAGAUCCUUGCUUCAUUUGUCCCAGAUAGAAUAUGAGCAUGUUGGUUCCACAUUUUCAGCUGUACUCACUCUACGUGUGCGCCAUACUAUUGGUGCUUUGUACCCAAAACUUGAAGGUUUUAUUGGACAAUGAAGUUCUAUAUUGCAUAAAAA